CACAAGCUGCAGUUUGGAUAACAACCGAUGUCCUCAUUGUCGCCGCCCUGAAUCGCCCUGAGCGAGUUUUAAUCAGCCUCAAAACAAGAAGUCCUGGACCAUGGCGUUCAGGAGGGCUCUGAAACAGACGGCAAUCAUAGGCGGAGGGGCGGUAGCCACGGUGUUUGGCCUGUCACAGCUGAUUGAAUACAAGAAGACGCAGCAUGGAUUGGCUCGGUUAGCCCACGUGGCAGCAGAAGCAGAGCUGAAGGUUCCCUAUGCGGAUGAGCUUCCCUCUCGGCAGGCCCAGCUCGCGAGGCUCCAAAACACAGAGGAGUUUGAUGUUCUCAUUGUAGGAGGAGGUGCCACUGGUGCAGGAUGUGCCUUAGACGCUGUCACACGCAACCUCAAGACUGCUGUCGUAGAGAGAAGCGAUUUCUCUUCAGGUACAAGCAGUCGGAGUACCAAGCUAAUCCAUGGUGGGGUGCGAUACCUCCAAAAGGCCGUCAUGCAGUUAGACUACGAACAGUACAUGAUGGUGAAAGAGGCCCUGCACGAGCGAGCCAACCUCCUGGAGAUUGCACCUCAUCUAUCUGCGCCGCUACCCAUCAUGCUUCCUGUUUACAAAUGGUGGCAGUUGCCUUACUACUGGGCAGGGAUCAAGAUGUACGACCUGGUGGCUGGGAUCGAGAAUCUGAAGAGCAGCUAUGUCCUCAGUAAGACCAAGGCUUUGGAGCUUUUCCCCAUGCUGAAAAAGGACAAGCUGGUAGGGGCCAUCGUCUACUAUGACGGGCAGCACAAUGAUGCACGCAUGAACCUGGCCAUCACCCUCACUUCUGCCCGCUACGGCGCCACCGUCGCCAACUACACCGAGGUGGUCCGCCUGCUGAAGACAAAGGACCCACAGACCGACAAGGAGAAGGUUUGUGGCGCCCGCUGCAGGGACGUCCUCACAGGACAGGAAUUUGAUGUGAAGGCCAAGUGCGUGAUCAACGCCACCGGACCGUUCACAGACUCACUAAGGAAGAUGGACAACCAGGAAAUCCAAAACAUCUGCCAACCCAGCGCUGGUGUUCACAUCGUCAUCCCUGGUUACUACAGUCCUGACAACAUGGGUCUGCUCGACCCGGCGACAAGUGACGGACGUGUCAUCUUCUUCCUGCCCUGGGAAAAGAUGACCAUCGCUGGGACGACCGACUCACCCACCAGCGUGACGGCCCACCCAAUCCCAGGGGAGGACGACAUCAACUUCAUCCUGAGGGAGGUCCGCAACUACCUCAGUCCUGACGUAGAAGUGCGCCGAGGAGAUGUGUUGGCGGCAUGGAGUGGAAUCCGUCCCCUGGUGACCGACCCCAGUUCUAAAGACACUCAGUCCAUCUGCAGAAACCACAUCGUCAGCAUCAGUGACAGUGGACUGGUCACCAUCGCUGGUGGGAAGUGGACGACCUACAGGGCCAUGGCUGAAGAGACUCUGGACGCAGCAGUCAAAUCCCACGGCCUCUUAGCUGAGCCCUGUAAGACUGUGGGUCUGAUGCUGGAGGGAGGCAAGGGCUGGACGCCUACCCUCUACAUCCGCCUGGUGCAGGACUAUGGACUGGAGAAUGAGGUCGCUCAGCACCUGGCCUCGACGUAUGGAGGAAAGGCUUACGAUGUGGCCAAGAUGGCCCAGGUCACUGGGCAAAGAUGGCCAAUAGUGGGGAAAAGAUUGGUGUCUGAGUUUCCUUACAUCGAGAGUGAGGUGCUGUAUGCGAUCAAGGAAUACGCCUGCACGGCCACUGACGUUAUCGCCCGACGAACACGCCUGGGCUUCUUGAACGUGCAGGCGGCUGAUGAAGCCCUCCCACGCAUCGUAGAAAUCAUGGGGAAAGAGCUAGGCUGGAGUGAGGAGCACAAGACGGCAGAGCUUGAAGCAGCCAGGAAGUUUCUGUACCAUGAGAUGGGCUACAGGUCACGCUCUGAACAGCUGACCAAGACAUCUGAGAUCAACCUGGACAACCAGGAGAUAGCCAGGUACAAGAAACGUUUUCACAACUUUGACAAAGAAAGCAAAGGAUUCAUCACCACUGUCGAUGUCCAGCAAGUUUUAGAAAGCAUCAAUGUCCAAAUUGAUGAAAAUGCGCUCCAUGAAAUCCUUAAUGAGGUGGAUCUCAACAAGAAUGGACAAGUGGAAAUUGAUGAAUUCAUGCAGGGGCAACAUACAGCUGAUGAGCGCGGUAAAGAAGGGACAAGUGUCGGACAGCCGCCUGGCCAUACUGAUGAAAACGGCAGAGGAGACUCUGAAUAAAAGAGGGCCGGUGACGGUGGACCGGAGCGGGGGUGGAGUCUGAGCCCGAGGGUGCCAAGAAAAAAUUCAGCUACUGGUCCUUUUUAAAGGUGGUGAUGACAAAAGGGUUCUCAUGCAAAUGGUGUUAUUUGAAUGACAAUAAUGCAAUCAAGCACACGGCAGGGUGAAUUUGGCCAAAUCAAGCCUCACUCCUGAGUGUGUUUUGAGGGAAAUGGUAUCUAAUGAAUGAGGCUGAGGUUUGUUUUCUGAACAUCUGGUGCCUCUGAUAUUACACAGCACAUCUGUUUUGUACUGUCUUUUAAACUUUGAUAUUUUAAUCAUGAACAUUAUCUUUGUACUUCUCCAACACUCCUUUUUAAACUCAAUUUUUUUAAUAGUAUGGACACGAUUGUUGGUUAAACACUGUCUUCAAUGCAAUGCAGCUUUUUCAUGUGGCAACUGAGCAUUUGUUUAUGCUUUAUUUUAUGGGUCUGCUAUCAUUUAUCGAAAUAAUGCCCUGGAAAUAAUUUGUAACCUGGUGCCAAUUACAGGGAAAAUAGAGAUGGUGUUCAUAAAUGUUUACAGGCAUGCAACUUAAUAUAAAUGAAGAAUAAAGCUUCCAUAAAUUAAUGAUAAAUAAAUAUUACCAUGACUGAAAUUGACCCUAUUUUACCUGUAAUAAGUAACAAGUAACUAGUUAUUUCCAGGAAACUUCCAAAAAAGUAACAGUGGACCCCUAAUACAAAGUCGCACCGAGCAUGUAAAUGUGAUCAAAGCACAUUACAAGCACUGGUCAGUUAAUAUUCAAUGGGUUUUAAAGCACUCUGAGAUGUUUCCGAAGUACUUCUACUCCUGUUGACCUGAUAUAAGUGUGGGAGGAAUCUUACAUGUUCAUGCCUACUGUGUUUUUCCAUUUAGUGCACUACCAGCAAACAGCUACACUAUGGAAGCCCAUUUCUGCCAGUGUGAUGACAAAAAAAGAGUUAUUAUAACAAAAAAUCUGAAAGUUUCUCAAAGUAAUGAGUUAGUAUAAAUUAAUUAAUAUUUCAAGCAGGUGGAGUUAGUAUCUCAUGUAAUUGAGAAAGUUUCUACAAAUCAUGACUCAGAAUCUUAAAAUAAUGAAAAACUUUUGCAAGAUAGUGAGAGACUUUCUCAAACUAAUGAAAUAAUACCUUAAAAUAAUGAGAAACGUUAUGAAAAUAAUGAUUAGAUAUUUUUUAAAAAACACAGAAAUUUCUCAAAAUAAAGAGUUAGUAUCUCAAAAAUAAGAAACCUUCUCUGAAUAAUCAGUUAGUAUCUCAGAAUAAUCAGAAAGUUUCUGAAAGUAGUGUAUUAGUAGCUCAGAGUAAUGGGUUACUGUCUGAAAUAAUCACAAACUUUCUAAAAAUAAUGACCUAGUAUCUCCAAAUGAGAAACUUUUUUUCAAGUUAGAAUCAGAAACUUUCUGAAAAUAAUGACGUAGUACCUCAAAAUGAGAAAUGUUCUCAAGUUAUCAUCACAAAUUAAUGAGAAACUGUCUCAAAAUAAUGAGAAACUUUCUGUAAAUAAUGACCUAGUAUCUUGAAAUGAAAGUUAGUCAAGUUAUUAUGUCAUGUAAAUGAGAUAAUGAGACAAAUAAUGACUUAGUAUGUCAAAAUAAUGAGAAUCUUUCUUAAGAAGAAUGAGUAUCUCAAAAUGGAAAUGGAUUUUCCAAAAUCAUGACUUUAUAUCUCAAAAUGAGCUUGUACCGCAAAAUGAUAAGAAACUGUCUCAAAAUCAUGACUUUAUAUUUCAUAAUAAGAAAUUGAAAUUACUUCAAAAUAAUGAUUUAUUAUAUUUUGAGAUAUUAAAUGAUUAUUUUGAGAAAACUGAAAUACUAAGCCAUUACUUGAGAAAUCUGUCAUUAUUUUUAAGAAACAUAAGAUCUCAAAAAUAAUAUGAAACAACACUUAUUUUAAGGAAGUUUCUCAUAAUUACUUACAGAUUUUUUUUAUUUAUUUAUUUAAUUUUAUUUUUUGUCACACGCGGAAAUGAGCUUCCAUAACUACCAGAACUGAAGUUUACAUUGCAAGGUUUUGAGCUUUAGUGUUUUUCUGAGACAGAUGCUUUUUAAUCUUUUCUUUCUAUUCAUAUUUUUUAUUAUUUAUUUCUCAUGUCACUUCAGCAGUUUAUAGACACCGCAUACAUUUACAGAGAUUUAAAUGCAUUGCAUGAGAAAUCAGGAUUUCAAAUACAUUUAUUUUUUUGCAUGCUACAUGUUAACCAUUUCUCUCUAAUAAUGUAAAGCCUAAUCUUUAUUUUUACAAUGUAUUUGAAGUUCUUUUAUUUUUUUGUGCUUGCGGUCGAGAGCAGAGAGGAAGUAUAUAUAUAAUACUGCAUGCGUGUUAGCUGAUGUUGUUAUUGUUUAUGUGACAAAAAUAGGACAUUUUUAAUCCAACAAGGACGUCAUGUCGGAGCAUAUUGUACGUUUUUGUGAUUUUGGGGAAAGGAAAAGGCAGCACACUGUGUGAAUGUAUAUGUGCCUUGAUGUGCCUAAGAUAUGACCCUCUUUUUCACAAUGCCACACUCAAUGUUUAAGAAACACAGGAAAUUAUGGUAAAGAAUGUAAAGAUAUUUAAUAAGUUGUUACAUAAAGAAUAGUAUUUAAA